GCGUGCGGCGGUAUAUAACCCAACCUGCCCGCGAGAGAAGAGUUGUGCUGUAUUUGAUGUCAACGCAGAGAACAACACACAGAGCAGUGAUUUGUGUGGAUUAACUUUACAUUUCUGAUUAUUUAACAGAGGACAGACAUAAAGAUGGCCCAGUGGGAGGAACUGCUGAGGCUGAAUUUACUCCAGGGCCAGUUGAGCAAUCUCUACGAGACAAAAUUCCCCAGACACAUCCGUCACUGCCUGUGCUUCUUCAUCGAGGGCCAGGACUGGGACUCUAUAGCUGUGGAUGAAAACAAAGCGAGGGCGUGUUUCAAUAAUCUCCUCAUGCAUUUGGAACAUCGUUCUGUCCAGGAGAGCAACAUUCUGCAGGGACCGGAUUUUCCAGGGAUGAGCGACUACUUGGUGAAACACUUUCAAGACAAGCCACUGCACCUGGCCAUGAUCCUCUCUGAAUGUCUACAGGAGGAAAGGAAAGUCCUGGCUUUAGCCUCCCAGAAACAGGAUUGUGGAAUUUCAGCUGUGGAAGAAAAAUGGAAAGAGUUGGACAACAGAGUGCAUGAUCUCCAGAGACAGACUUUGGAGAUGAAGAAGGAAACAAAGUCACUGGAGGUCCUGUAUGAAAACUAUGACUACAUAGAGAAGAGCUGGCAAAGCAAAGCAGAGCAGUGUGUCGGAUUGGCCCAUGCCACUGUGAGAGAGAGGUGUCUGCAGCAGGCCAGUUUUAUCAAACAAACAAAGCAGAUGGUGCUUGUGGAUGUAUCGAAGAUUUUACAGCAGGCAGACCAGAUCGUGGCAGCGCUCACUGAUGUCGAGGUACCCGAGUGGAAGCGCAGACAGCAGAUGGCCUGCAUCGGAGGUCCAGUGGACACGAGUCUGGACCACCUCCAGAAGUGGUUCUCAGCUGUGGCAGAAGUGCUAAUACAGGUGCGCCAACUGCUGCAAAAACUAGAAGACCAGAACAAGAAGUACAACAGCCCCGAUGCCUCCAGCCUGCCUGCAGACACCGAGACGUUUGCUCUGUCCUUGCUCAAAAAGCUUCUUGAAAAUGCCCUCGUUGUUGAGAAACAACCCGUCAUGUCAAGUACACCACAGCGACCUCUUAUCCUGAAGACGGGAGUGCGGUUUACAGCGACAGUCAGGUUUUUGGCAAACCUGCCUGAAUUCAAGUGCCUGCUCAAAGUCAAACCCGUUUUUGACAAGGGUGUCGGAGAAAUUAUGAUCACGAAUUGCUUGCGGCAGUUUGAUUUCAACAGAGACAAUAGUAAGGUGAUGGAUGUGGACUCUCCCAAUGAAGGUCUGGUGGUAGAGUUUGCACACAUGUCACUCAAGGAAAAAAAAGCAAGAACCAGAGGAUCGUCUGAGAGUCAUCUGGGAGUCACCGAAGAACUCCACGUCAUUAAGUUCCUGACAGGGUUUCGAUACGCUGGAGUGAAUUGUGACAUAGAGGCCUGCUCGCUGCCUGUGGUCGUCAUCUCCUCCACAGCUCAGAUUCCCGCUGCCUGGGCCUCUGUCAUGUGGUACAACUUGCUGUCCACCAGCGAACCGCGGAACCUGCUGUUGUUUGUCGACCCUCCUCCUCUCACCUGGCAGCAGCUGUCGCAGGUCCUGAGCUGGCAGUUUUUAUCUGUCGGCCAACGCGAACUCGAUGAAAACCAGCUCUUAAUGCUCAGGGAAAAGAUUGUGGAUAAUCCUGAUGGUCUUGUUCACUGGAGCAAGUUCAAGAAUGACACCACCUGGAUUUGGAUCGAUGGAAUCUUGGAUUUGAUUAAAAGACACUUGACUGAUUUAUGGCGGGAUGGGUACAUCAUGGGGUUUGUGAGCAGGAAGACAACACAGAUCCUGUUGCAGCAAAAACCAACCGGGACUUUUCUGCUGCGCUUCAGCGAGAGCAUCAAAGAUGGGGCCAUUACCUUCAGCUGGGUUGAACACACCAACGGUGAGUCCCGUGUGCACGCAGUGGAGCCUUACACCAAGAAGGAUCUGUUGGCCUUGUCUCUGCCAGACAUCAUUUACCUCUACAGUAUGAGAGAAGAGGGGAACAGGACCAGGAAUCCUCUGUGCUAUCUUUACCCAAACAUCCCGAGGGACGCCGCUUUUGGACACUACUACAGCGCUGAAAAGUUGGCCCCUAAAAAGGACGUUACUGGUUACAUAGACAGAAAACUGGUCCCUUUCUCAGUCUACCCGACACCACCUUCAUCUCCACCUCCGAACAUGGAAGUCGACUGGGACAACUGUGCCGAGAACGAUCAGCUGUUUCAUGAUCUCUUCAGUGAUCUCCUCGAUUUACCCGGGUCUCCUCUCAUCUCGAUGUCUCCACCACCAGCCACCAGCCACAGCAGCCCCUUUUGGGGUUCAGCUUCAACAGCUGAUGAAGGUCACAUGAUGUUGACCUCUGAGCAUGGAACUGAAGCAGUGUCGUCUGUGUGAUCGCGUUAAUGAAAGUAUUGUAUUUGUGUUUUCUUUGGACAAAGGACAAAACACGAGAAGUGACAUGAUCAGGGAAAUGGUUAAAGCUCAGUUUCAUGUCGAGAGGUCACCUGCUCAGCUUUUACUGUAAUAGUAUAUCUCACCGUCACGGUGCUGCCUCCAGUCUCUGGUGCUGACUCUGGUUUCCAGCGUGCUGGGGUUUGUGUCUUUGCAUAUUUGCAUAUGUCUGAAUGGGCUAAACAUCUGUGAACUAGGCUUUACCCCCAAAAUUGAGGAUUUUAAUCAGUGUUUCCCUGAAUUUUUAAAGACAGUGAACGAUCAUGACCCAAAUCACAAUGUCGGCAAAUUUUGUGCACGAUGUAACAAAAAAAACCUAAUGUUUUGAUUUGGUGAACAAGUCGUUUUUUAAGAUGUUUUGUAAAUGAACUAAAUAACAGAAAAUUCUGCAAAUUUUGUUUAGGGACACACAAAAAUCUCCCGUGACUUAUGUGUGGGCCCGUCCCAGUCUUUGGGACGCUGAUUUAGAUGAAAUGUCAAGGUGUAAGCAAUGUUAUAAACAUGUUGGGAAAUGUAAUUUCCUCUCAGGUAUGAAGAAAUAAAGACAAUGCUGUACUACA